AUGUCUGAUGCAUACAUAGCGGAUUGUGUUUUACAAAUUGGAGAAAUGGCGGAGCACUGGGUGAAAUAUGUCAGAAGAUUCGAUCGCCUGAUUGAGGACGCAUUGCGUUUAGCCAUUAAAGCAACUAUGCAAAAUAUGUACAAAUGUGUACAUGGCGAUGGUACCAUGGCGCCAUCACCGUUAAUCAAAAUGAACUUAUAUUUAUCUGACAAAAACAUUAUCUAUCUCCCGACUAAAAAUGAAAUAAGCGACACUUUUACGACUGUCUUGGAUGAAAUCGUUCACAUCCUAAGUACCAUGCCCAGAUUGUUCCAAAAGUUUGGAUUACCUGCUGGUGGACUUAAAAAUUUUACUGAAGUUAUUCAAACCGAUGCUGACACUAACAAACUGCAGUCUCUGAUUGAUAGUGAAAUUGAAUACAAUUUAGGAUUGAUUCGCGAACACAUGAGAAUGUGGGAUCCGUACGCGCAUAUUUGGAAAAUCGAUAAGGAUGAAUUCAUGGAGAAAUAUCGUCAAGAAGGGCAUACAGCUGCGGACUUUGAUGAAUUAAUUAUUAAUUAUAGUGAUUUAGCCAACGCUGUGCAAAUACAAGAAACGUUCAAUCAGAUCCAUUUUAUCACACUAAAUUCGAGCGAACUAAAGAAGUCAAUAAUAGCUCACUGUUCAGUUUGGCAAACAAAGUUAGGCCAGUUGUUGAGAACUAUUACCGAAUGCGACAUAGACGUGGUUUACGCAUACAUAGAGAGGAGUAGUGUGGAGGCUAUGACAAUGCCAGCCGAUUUAAAGGAACUUGCGACGGCAAUAGCUACAUAUGAACGUUUGAUUGCUGAAAUUUCUCCAUUUGAAAAAACUUUUCCACCUAUAACAGAUCAAAUGUCUACGCUGGUCAAGUUUGAAGUCGAACUUAGCUCUGAUAUGGUAGCACGGCAUGAAAAUAUUCCAGUAGUCUGGACUGAAUAUUUGAACUUGCUUGAAGAGGCGAAAAAGGCUUUGGAAUUAAAUAAGGAUAAGUUUAAAGCAGAACUAUUGGAACAGGCUGAGGUCUUUAAAGAAGCGGCUAAAGAAUUUUGUGACGAUUUCUAUAAAACGGCUCCUUGUAGUUCCGAUGUUAGUGGUAAAGAUGCAAUGACACAGCUAAAGGCUUUCAGAGAACAACUAAAUGCUUUACGUGCACAAGAACAGCAAAUAAAAGAUGGAUUGGCUGUUUUUAAUUUAACGACUCCCGUUAAUUUAGACCUGCAGCGGAUGGAAAAGGAGUUGGAAAAAUUAGAGGAAGUUUGGGGUCUAGUCUUUCAGUGGGAAGAGUCGUGGGAAAAAUAUAAAACACAGACAUUUUGGGAAAUGGAAACAGAUGAAAUGGAGGAGAACGUUAUGUAUCUCUUUAGAAACUUUAAUCGCCUUUCUCGUCAAUUGAAAGACAAGGGUUGGGACAUAAUAGAUACGACUCGCGUCAAAGUUGACGCCUUCCGAAGAACUUUACCGUUAAUUGGCGACUUGAAAAAUCCUUGUAUGAGAGAGAGACAUUGGGAUAGAAUCAAGACUCUUAUGGGCGUGGAAUUUGAUCAGGAUUCGGAAGAUUUUAAGUUAGAAGUUAUAAUGCGUCUUAAUUUCCAAGCGUACGCAGAGGAUAUCGCCGAGAUAUCCAAUGCAGCAACUAUGGAACUAAAUAUAGAAAAUGGUCUGAAAGCAAUUCGCGAAGUGUGGAAGAACACGACUUACGAAAUGCAACACCACAGAGGUGAUAUGUAUAAAAUUAAGAAUGUUGAAGAUGUCAUGCAGUUUUUAGAGGACCACCAAGUUCAAUUAUCUUCUAUGAAAUCUACUAAAUAUGUUGAACCUUUCAUCAAAGAAGUAGAUUAUUGGGAAAAAUCAUUGGGAUAUGUCGCGGAAUGUAUUGAGAUAUCAUUGCAAGUUCAAAGACGAUACCUAUACUUAGAAAGUAUAUUUAGUGGUGAAGAUAUACGUAAGCAAUUGCCGAACGAAGUAAAAAUAUUUGAUGCGUUAUGUGCAGAUUGGACUGAAAUAACUAGCAAUUCUAAAAGUGUAACGAAAAUACUUGAUGAAGAUGUUAACAAACCUAACGAGCACGUCAGAGAUAUCACCGCAACAGAAGAGCAAUCGCCUGAGGGAGAUUUUCAGUGUUUUUAUAUGUCAAAGAAGUCUAUCCAAAAAGCCAUGUCUUUUCUAACACCUGUCUCCGAUGGCUAUUUGAAAGCCAGAACAUGCAGGCAAAACCUAGUGGAGAAGCAAACGUCUCAAUAUGUCAUCAAGAGCUACAUUGCCCACAGAUACUGUGGAUCAUAUCAUUGGAGAACAAGAUAUUUGAUGGCAAUGAAUAGGGCUAUAUAUUCACAUGACUGGAACAAAUUGCUCUAUAUACUUAAGAAGUCACCUAUAAAUGAACAUACUGAUGAGAGAACAGAAUUUCAUUAUAUAAGGGCUUUAACAAUACUCUUAAUGAAUCAUCCGAGUGCCAAAUCGCAGUCUCUGUUGAAUGAUUAUCUCCACAUGGUCCUAUCGUGCCGUUCUGACCAAGACAAGAAAGCAUUAUUUAAAGUCCUCUUAACUAUGCCUCAGACACUUAUCGGGCCUUCAUAUAGAGAAUGCUUAGCCAAAGAACGAGACAACCAAGCUGAAGACCUUUGA